GGAGGAAAUAAUGCUGGCCAUACAGUUGUGGUAGAUUCUGUGGAAUAUGAUUUUCAUCUUUUACCCAGUGGAAUAAUUAAUCCAAAUGUGACUGCCUUCAUUGGAAAUGGUGUGGUAAUUCAUCUUCCUGGAUUGUUUGAAGAAGCAGAGAAAAACGUUAAAAAAGGAAAAGGUAUGAAAAAUGAGUCUUCCUGGUAACCAGUUACUUUGUAAAGUCAUUUUUUGUUUGAUUUUCAUCAAGCAGCUGAUGGGAUCCAGGAACAACAGAGACAAGAACAAGCAGGAAAAAAUUUGGGUACCACAAAAAAGGGCAUUGGCCCAGUUUAUUCUUCCAAAGCUGCUCGAAGUGGACUUAGGAUGUGUGAUCUUGUUUCUGACUUUGAUGGCUUCUCUGAGAGUCAGGGUUAUAUGGAAAGGAUUAAACCAAUGGUGAGAGAUGGAGUUUAUUUCCUAUAUGAGGCCCUACAUGGACCACCAAAGAAAAUCUUGGUAGAAGGUGCAAAUGCAGCACUAUUAGAUAUUGAUUUUGGGACUUAUCCGUUUGUAACCUCCUCAAACUGUACUGUUGGAGGUGUUUGUACUGGUUUGGGAAUGCCUCCUCAGAAUGUUGGAGAAGUGUAUGGAGUUGUGAAAGCUUAUACAACUAGAGUUGGUAUCGGUGCCUUUCCCACAGAGCAAGACAAUGAAAUUGGAGAAUUAUUACAAACAAGAGGUAGAGAGUUUGGUGUAACUACUGGAAGAAAAAGAAGAUGUGGCUGGUUAGACCUUGUUUUGCUCAAAUAUGCUCAUAUGAUCAAUGGAUUUACUGCGUUAGCACUUACCAAGUUGGAUAUUUUGGACACGUUUACAGAAAUCAAAGUUGGAGUUGCUUACAAGUUAGAUGGUGAAAUCAUACCUUAUUUCCCAGCAAACCAAGAAGUCUUAAAUAAAGUUGAAGUUCAAUAUAAGACUCUCCCAGGAUGGAACACAGACAUAUCAAAUGCAAGGACAUUUAAAGAACUACCUGUAAAUGCACAAAAUUAUGUUCGAUUUAUUGAAGAUGAGCUUCAAAUUCCAGUCAAAUGGAUUGGUGUAGGUAAAUCCAGGGAGUCUAUGAUUCAACUGUUUUAAGAACUGCCAGUAAUGCAAGAAACACUCCUUGAGCAGGAGGGAAGAGACUUUCUUAAAUAUUUCAUUUAUGACCUGCAAAUUCAAGGGAAAAGACAUUGAAGGGAAUUUUAAGCUCUGCAGUGGUUGCCAGUCUUUCAAGAUGGAUGGCUGUUGUGGAGGUGAACUUUGGCAGGUUCCAGUGUCAGCUUUCCUUAGCUGGCAUAAUUGCUGAAUCAUUUAUUGCUCCUGCUGCUCCUGGUGCCAUGUUUUCUUUUAAUGUUUAGUAAUAGUAUAAUCCCUGUUGUUUGAAAUCUGAAACAAUUACUUUCAGUGUAGUUUUUUUCAUUAUUGUCAUUGAGUGUUCCUAGGUUUCACCCCCAUUAGAUGGUAAGAACAGUUACUGCAGUUUUGCACAAAUAUUUUUACAUUCUGAUCAUUCACUUCUGUCAUUGUUAUCUUUGCUGUUAGAUAAAAUGAUGAAAUGAUAGGGGUUCUAUAAACUUUUGUAAUGCUAUAAAUUCUGUUUAAAUUGUAAACUGUUUAUUUUCUGCUGAAACCAUUGCAAAAUUGAGCUUUGGCAGGGGAGAGGGGGUGAUAUUCAUGGAUCCUUUAAUUUGUACAG